CCAACGAUAACGACGUCAUGGUAAAUUCGGCCAACUCCGCGGCGUGUCAAGCCCUCACGGUUACCAAUUGUUACAAGCCAGGGCAUGGCACCCAGACAGACCCUUGAUCUAUCUUAAUGAACUUGUUCAACUGGCGGAGUGUAUACAGCUAGCGAUGGGGCGAAGCUUGUCUGCCUUGUACAUAUAGCUCGGGCCGGGCACUGAUUGUUCGCGCUGGAACGUUAUGCUGAUCCUUGGCGUGACCGCGUGCACAUCAAAAAUGAAUCUCACCUCUCGGACACCUCCACCCAUGAUGCGAUGAGUAUAGGCAGGUCACGGUACCAGCCUCUAUUAGUACUGGAACGCUUGGAUCCACAAUGGCUUUCAUGGUCACAUCGUGAGGUUGCACUUCAAUGGCAACCCAGUGAUUCAUUCUCCUUUACGUGUCGAAAACCUCAUCUCUACCAAGAUGCACCAACCCAACCCGACCGCUCCCUCUUUUCGCCGUUGCUGCUGCCCUGUUCCUCAUGUUUGACGCACCGUGCCAACUUUACGGGCUACGUCCUUGUAACCACCAUGCCAGGAAUAAGAAAUGGGCGUCUUUACAGUGAACUCCUCAUUGACGGUCUCCGCUCCAAACUACGUUCACCCUCUAAAAGAUGCAGCAAUCUGCUGCCUAAACGUCAAACCCUGCACACAGGGUCACGGCACGAUAUACCGUUACAAUCUUCGCGCCUCUCUACUUCGUUUCAGUAUCGCUACUCUGGCCCAUGCCCCAUCUUGUAAAUGCAUACCGUGGCUUGGAUGGCCGCCUCGGGCUGCUCUCUCAUAGGCUCAAGCUUUCCGUACCCGGGAUCCCCUUGAGUUCUUUCGUAUUAUCUCCAGCGCCUGGGCUGAGUAC